UUUUCGGUUCUCACCCGUUUUCCAACCCCUCCUCAAAGCCUCGACCCUCGCCUCUCCGCCUCGCCACUGGCCAAGGCCUUGCCCGCCUCGGAACAGGAACGAGCUCGAGGAGAGCCAGCCAGUCACCGUGGCCGUUUCUCUCAAUCCACUGAGCAGCUUAUCUUGAGAUUUAUUGAUUUUUUCGUGCUGCUGGCCCGAUGUUCUGAACAUUUCCUCGCACUGGUUCCCGCCACACACACACACACACACACACACACACACAGCCAGCCCCAUGGCGCGACGUUACCAGAUCGACGAGCUGCUCGUACUGCGCAGUUCGCCGCUGGUCACUAAGCCGACGAGUCUGCCGCCGAUAGAAGAAUGGAUGGGUCCGAUCCCCGACCCAACCGCCCAACGAAAAUCUACAAACCAUAACAACCCAAACGAGCCGGUUUCGAAUAGGAGAGGGAGUAUAUUUGAACCGCGCCAUACGUCACGUAACUCCAAUCCAGAGGAUAUCAUUCUAGGCCCACCCAAGACGGCGUUUGCGUCGGCUUCCCGGACUCCCGGCAAGACCUCGAUUGAUGCCACUGACCGGUCGAUCAGGUUACCGGACACGGACGAGAAUAAGCAGGACCGGUACAACUUUCGAGACAAGUUUUUCAACAAGGACCGCGAUGGCGCCGACAAGGAGCUGGACCGGCGCGACACUCGGACCGGCGUCCUGACCAGCCGACGCGGAGACAGAGAGGACUGGAACAACGCUCGGUCCCGCCGGCCCUUUGGCAGCGAGGAGAACCAGCAGGAACGCAAACCCAAGCGGAACGGCGACCCCGAGCGCUGGGGGGGCGGGGACCGUGACUCGCGAGACUUCAACGCCGAACGCACCCUCAAAGACAAAGACGGACGGUACUUGGUCAAGCGAGAGGGCCAGACUCCUGCCACUACCCGCGCCCGCCACGAAGGAAGCUGGUUCCGGGAAAAUGAAGUCAACCCACCUGUUCCUUCUUCGGAGGUAGCUGCCGACGCAGUCGACGGCGACAAGCCCUUUAUGCGGAGCAAGGAAUGGCGGCGAGGAGACCGACACGGCGCUGACCGUGACUGGACCCGUGGCAACAAAAUUGAACAGGACCCCGAAUGGCUCGAUUCCGGUGAUCGCGAUGAGAACCGCCGGGUGCAUACUCAGGAAGACUUUGAGCGUUGGAAAGAACGGAUGAAGGCCGGUUCAUCAGCUCAGACACCCGUCGAGGAGAUCAAGUCUAGGAACAGUGAGAUGCCUGCUGCGGAGCCCCCGACUGCCAACAGACCAGAGAAUGUUGGUAGAGCCGGAGGUGGAGGCGAGUCUUUCAGUCAUGGCGGUAACGCCUCCUUUACACCGCAUGAUGGUGGGAUGGAGAGGUUCUUCGGUCUGCUGGGCGACAUCAAGUCGGUACCCGAAGUCAGCACGCCGACCUCGACGGAAUCGGUUUCCGUAUCCACCACGGCUGCCACCACCAUGGCUACUGCCAUAGCCACGGCCAAGAAAGACAACGGCACCGUUCGGUCUGUCAAGUCGUCUCGCUUCGCGGGUCUCUUCAGCCCCCCUCCCGAGAGCCCAUCCAGGGAGAAGGAGUUCGAUGGCCACAUGAUGCUACCUGUCACAGGUGUACCCGCCUUGCCAUCCCAUGAUGCGGACCAGGAGGGAUUUCAACGCAUCUUACUGAUGCUGGGAGGCGGCGGCGGCGGGGGAGGAGGAGGAGGAGGAGGAGGAGGAGGAACAGCGAGAUCUCGCAAUGCUACCCCACAUAUCGACCAGAUGCAGCAGCCCGGUCCUCCUCCUCCUCCUCCUCCUCCUCCUGUUGCUGCUGCUGUUGCUGCUCCUCCUCCUCCUACGGCGGCACCUCCUCCGAUUGCACAGCUAGAGUCAACACGUGGUCCUCCUGGGCUAUCUUCUCCGUCGCGAGAGACUCUUGGUCGACAAGACUACAUGUCUGCACUCAGAACUGGACCUGCUGCUCCUCCCGAGGCUAUGAUGGCGCACCACCACCCGAUGAAAGAAGCCCAGGCUCGGGAUAGGGAACACUUGGCCCGCCUCAUGCAGCAGAUGAGAGUCACACCUGUCUCCAACCCUGUGCAGGGCAAUAAUCACCACCCGCAACCCCAGAGCGCAGGUCCUAUCCCCGGCAUGUUGAACCUCCCCGAAGGCCUGUCUCGGCAUGUUCCGGGCAUGCCUCCGGUUCAGAAGACGCCGAACUUCAUCGACGACCCAGCCAUUGCCAACAUGCAGCGACCAGACGGUGGCCCGGUUGACCAACACCGUCGUCGGCCACCACCGACCAAUGGCCCUCCUCCCCCUCCUCCCCCGCCUCCUCCGAUGGGUUAUUUUGACGAGAUUCCAUUCCCACAGGGUGCCCAAAUGCCCAUCACCCCCGGUGGAAGCCGGAUCCCUCCCCCCCCGCCUCCUCCUCAGGGCCAAGGCCAUCAUCCUGCCAUGGGUCUUCAGCGUCCUCCUGGGUUCGAUCACAUUCCUCCUCCCGGUUGGAACGGACCGCAAGCCCCUGGCGGCCCUCCCCCUCCGCCUCCCCCUCCCCAUCCUCAACAAGGUGGUGGUGCUGGAGGAGGACCCAGCCCUCUUGCCCCGCCUCCGGGGAUCCCGACCCCGACACGGGGGAUCAACCCCAAUUUUAUCAACAACGUCAUGCCUAUUCACGGAAACAUGCCUCCAAUGAAUGACCGUCAACAGUUCCCUCGCAACCCUAUUGCUGGAGGCAGCAGUGGUGGUGGCGGUAGUGGCGGAGCAGGUGCUGCUGUCUUCGGACCUCCUCCCGGCAUGAUGCUUCCUCCGGGCUAUAUGAACAUGAACAUGAACGGGCCCCCGCCGUCGGGAUUUCCACCCAUGCCUCCCAACCCAGAUGCCCUGAUGGGUCUCGCCCAUGGGGCACAAGUGCCUCCCUUUGGCGGCCAACCCGGUCCGCACGCUCCGCCCCCGUCCUCGCGUCACCUGCUGGAGAUGUUCGGUCAGGCUAACGGCGAUGGCCGAGGCGGCAUGAUUGGACCUGGACAUUUCAGAUAAGUCUCAACUGGUGGAAAUCGUCUUGGUCUCUGGUGUAGUUCUCCCGCGCCUUGUCUUUCUUUUUUAUUUACUACUCUCUCUCUCUAUGGGUUCCCAUCAGGUUCCCCCCCCCCCAAAUGCCUCCCUUUGAAGUCUGAUUGUUCAACCAAUGCGCCUCGUUCCCAUGUUGAUGUAUCUUUUUUUUUCCCCCUUUCCUUUCCUGUCUUUUCUUGCUGUAUGUGUCAUGAAAGUCGGCGGGGGGGGGCAAGACGUGGCGCGGUGAGCCUUCACUCAGAGACCGAUGACACAUGUUGUUGACUUGACUCCAGAGAAAGAGAUGGUGUAGUGGCUUGUU